CUCGCCUCACACAGUUCUUGCUAGUGCUCCUGAGAGGUAGUGUCUCUGUGCCUUAACUCGCUACUCUCAUUCCUGGGUUCGUGUAUCCACUUGCCCUCUUGGAUUUGAGAACUUUUAGCAUUAUUAAGUGAAUACCUAAAUCCGAAAAAGAGAAUUUCUAAGGAUAAAGCCUGGAAUACACUUAAACGAAGGGCUAGCUUGAGUGGAAAACUCCAUUGACGAGGAGAAAGGGAGGUUGGGGUGCAUUUAAAUGCCUAGCCAACCUAAGCGCCAAGUGGCUCUCCAAACUAACACAAUGCUGUACAACUCUGUUGAUAACUACUACCCCGCUGGUACUGACGAUAACAGCAGCGUGAGGAUGAACAAGCACGACGAGUUAUCAGACUUCUCCUCCCAGUCUAUCCUGUGCGCCAUGGACCGCUUUGUGAAAGCAGUCAACAACAUGAACGAAACUGUCAUGGUACCUUGCAGAUUGCUGGAUGUGGAUGUUGAUCCUGUGAAGGCAUCACACAAGGUACCAACUAUUCUGCGUGGGGGCGGCAACCCUUACAACUUCUACACUGUGCUCAACUCGGUCAAGAAUGACCUUAUCUGGGGUCCCACCUCUAAUGACGAUGACGACAACGAGAACGGCACAGUAUCGACUCCAGUAACCAACACAGCAAGAUGGUCCGACACAUCCUCAGUCGUCCCUAGCACUGGUCACGUGAAAGGUCACAUGCGACGACAGAGCACCCUCUCCAUGAUAUCCAUGUCCUCCAACACCUCAGAUGGCGAGAGCGAAGGUGGGUGUGAUGUGAGCGAGGGUGGAGACUCGGGCGUGGAGGGUGAGGAAGGUAGUGAUGUUGCUACCAACGUGAUGGACUCCCUCAGAACACACCUGAUGGGCCUGCAUUCGUGUCUCAACCACCUCACGGACAUGGCCACCUACAUCACAGAUCGCUACCAGGAAGAGGUGAACGCGUAGAGGGCGUACACAAGUAUGCUAGUCAUCACCACAUCAACGCUAGAGGACUUGGGGCGUUGCACCACGCGAUUGUUGGACUGUCUCAGAGUAGGAGACAUGACAAUGUCUCACACGUCUUCUGGGUUGCCAAUUAAAUGCAGUGGUCAAAGCAACUGGGGAAUUAAAGAUAUACCCUACCCUGGUUGUUGUGGCCCACAACUCCCACUGGAGGGGCAGGUCCCCUCGACUUGUCUGUGAUAGUGCACGGGCGCCCCUCACUGUCUUCUUCCCCACACAGUGGCGCGCACCUACAUUUCCAUUGCUGUAUCCUCAUUUUAUUUGCACAAAUCCAUAUUCCCUUCACUUUCCCAACAACAAAAUCAGCAUAAAAGUCUAGUGUGUCUGAGAUACUAUACUUAUUAGCUAAUAAUCGCUGUAUUGUGCUAAAUAUUUUUCUUGCAUAAUUUAUUAAAUUCCAUUCCUCCCACUCUGGACCAAUUUUGUGUAGUGUGGAAGAGGGCUUUAUAUGUUUGGGUGGAGGAGGGAGGACAGCGUCAUUGUGUAGUGUGUAUGUGAGGGUUCAGACUGUGUACACCUUCAUGACACACAUGGCUGUGUACACACACACUCGUGCACGUUUCAUGCAUAUUGUAUGGGAAGUGAUUAUUAUGGUAGUUUUAGUAUAAUUAUUUUGUAUUGAUUAGUCAUAUAUAAAUAAAGUGUUUUGUAUA